GUUUUGCAUAUAUGUGUGCACGUGACGUCUGACAAAAACCGCGUUUGAUCUUGGUCAUUUUAGUACACGACGCGCGAGUUGCUACAUCGGUGUUCGCUAAGAAAAUUCCGAAAUUUUUUUUUUUCGGUGUCCACGCGAGGCAGUGCGGCGAAAACGGGACGCUUAUCGGCUUAAGCGUUCGGAAAGUUUUAUGUGCCGCUGUGAACCGCGCCAGUUGCCCGAAGCCACAAAUACGUCGACGGAACUUGCGUGAAGCCGCAUUUCGCCUCUGUGGACUGCGCUACAGCCUUCAGCGUUGUUGUCGUUCAGCUGAUUGCGAACAACGUUCUGUAUUUGAGCGCGCACUGCUCACCACGGCUACGAUCCCAACGCCGCCGGUCGAAGUCGCCGCCCGAGUCUAACUGGUGUCGAGGCUAUGCCAGCGGUCUGCAUAGUCGGACUGUCGACGUGAACUAGGAAGUUCGGAACAAAACCUUGUAAUUUUUUGGCAUCCUACUCGGCUAGGAUUUGGACUCGUCUACAAAUUCCAAACAUCUGGCUUAUCCCAUGACCUCUGACCUUGGAGACGGACAGGAUAUUUGUUCGGACCUGCAACAGACAAAUUCCGGCAGUGCCGCAUCGGAUCGCAUGUAUUUGGACAAGUACAUUGACCAGACGAAACCAGCGACCACCACGCAAAGCCUGAACCCGAACGCCGACAUAUUCUACAGCAAGAAUGCGCUGGCCAAGUCCGAAGACGACGACGGAGGAGGAGGUGGAGGAGUGUGCUGUGAUGGGUCGGAGGUAGCACCGGAGGGGGGCACAGCCAUGGCGCCCCCGCCGCCCCACGGCCUGGGGCCCCCCCACUUCAACCCCGAUGAGCUGCCUCUGGCGGACCUGCGUCGCAUGCUCAUGCAGCAGCUCGAGUACUACUUCUCCAGGGAAAAUCUUGCCAAUGACACAUACCUGCUAUCUCAAAUGGACAGUGACCAGUAUGUGCCUAUUGGUACAGUGGCCAACUUCAAUCAGAUCAAAAAGCUAACCAAGGAUCUUAGUCUCAUCGUCGACGUCCUACGAGAAUCCCCCAACGUGCAAGUAGAUGAGGCUGGCGAAAAAGUGCGCCCAAACCACAAACGCUGUGUCCUGAUUCUUCGAGAAAUACCAGAGAGCACUCCUGUCAAAGACAUUGAGGCGCUAUUCAAGGCCAGUGACAAGUGCCCGCAGUUCAUGAGCUGCGAAUUUGCCCACAAUAGUAGCUGGUAUGUGACCUUUGAGUCGGAUGAGGAUGCACAGCAGGCGUACAGGUACCUGCGUGAAGAAGUGCGCUCUUUCCAAGGAAAGCCCAUUAUGGCUCGCAUCAAAGCCAAGCCCAUCUCGCGAGCCUCAUUUCUGCCACCAUACAAGAAUGGUUUGCGGCACCAGCCUCCUCAUCUCAUGGCUGGAGGGGAGGGGUUGGGUAGUGCCCCUGCGGCAGCAACUGUUCAGGCUGCCACCAGUGGGCCUGCACCAGGGGGAGUCUCGGCACAGCCUCUUAGCAACAGCCAACCAGCUGCCGCCAGCACACCUGUGGCGCCUCAGCAGACCUCACAGGCAUCCACUUUCUACCAGGGGCCACUGCAGGUGAACUACGGUCCAGCUAGUGCGGGCAGCAACAGUGCUGGACCGGGUACUGCCCAGUUGUACCCGCCCUUCUACCCUCCAGCUAUGCUGCAGACCUGGACACCCGCCACUCCCACGUGUUUUGACCUGGGAACGGUGUUCUCGAUGAACGGCCUGGCACCCCAGGCAACCUACAAGCCGCUGAAUGGGACGGGUGGCACAGGUCGUCACGGCUUUCCUGUUCUGUGGCAGGGGGGUGGUGGCCGUUCGUCUAAGUCCUACCUGCGGACUAGUGGGGCCUCCUACGAUGGCGACUCGCGGGGCUUCUAUGAGCGGCACAGUGGCAGCCUCCUAGGCCCUGGCUACCCCUCAACUUACCUAGCCGGUCCACCUGCCUUCCCGCUUUCCCGAGGCGGCGGUGGAGGACCCCCACCUGCAUACAUUCAGGAGUUCUUGCCCGCGUCUGGCGGCAGCUCCAAACGGGAUUCCGGCAACUCUCUCUACUCCCUUUACUCUAGGGGAAGUCCAAAGGGAGACAUGGGCAAGGACUCUGGAGGCGGCAGUGGCUCUUCACAAAAGUACCAAGACAGCCGAAUGCGACGGAGGAAAAAAGAAGAAAAUGGCUCCAACAAAGCAGACAGCAGCAAUGCAGAUUGCGGCAAAUCAAGGGAAGAAGCUGAAGCUCCCAAGUUCGAUCUGGAGGAAGCUGCUUUUCCACCUUUGCCAGGCUUCCUGGAGGAGGAAUCGUUGGGCCAGGGAGCUGUGUUGGAUGAAAGCUCUUUGGCUCUAACGACGCCCGCUGCAGUGACAGCCAACAGCAGGCUCUCGGACAUAGUUCGUGGUGCUGCCCCUAGCCGCACACUAAGCAACAGUGCUGUUGUCAGCCCAUGCUUACCAGCGGCCGCACCCGUUUCCACGUCGGCCACAAUCGCAGCAGCCCCAGGAGCCUCGUCUUCGACCAAACCUCCCAUGCGUGACUGUAAAACGCAAACAGCAGAGUCUGCCCUGAGUCCUGCAGUGGCUGCCAGCACUGCCAAUUUGGCAUCGACCCACGUCACCAAGGACAGUGCCACCCUGACCAAUGGCAGCGACUUCCCAGCGACAAUGCUAACUCCACCCGCAUCUCCUGUGUCUCCAAACACAGCCAUGCGUGAAGGUUCUUCUCAGGAAGUGGAGGUCCCCGCGAGGGUUCAAAGCCCAGUGCCCACUGAAGAGGCAGUUACUGCUACCAUUACCCCUGUUGUGAAUUCAACUCCGGCUGCUCCUACUGCAACGGCACCAACAGUACCAACACCAGCUGCAACAGCUACCGCACAGUCUGUGUCCACUGCUGUCACUCAGAAGACUGCAGCAGUUGCUGAAGAGGGAGGUCGCAAGCUGACCUAUUCGGAAGUGGCUGCCAUGGCCAAAAGUAGAGCUGCGACGCAAGCUGUGCCUGAGCAACCUAAGGAGCCCACAAAGCCAGGUCUUCGGAACUCGAGUCAUGGCCAGCGGCCAGAGCAAGCACCAGUGGGUCAGCCGCAGAGGGGCCCUGGCCGGAGGAUGGAGCCCCGUGCGCACUCGCGCGACCGUCGAUCUGCAGCCGCUGGCUCCCACAGACACCGCAGCCCACCAAGUGAAGAUGCCCAUUAACUGUGCAAGGCUUGAUGUGUGGCCCUCGCAGCCACAACGCUUAUCCUCGCCACCACGCGAGGUGCCAAGGACAUCAUUUGCCAAAACGGCCUCGGCAGGAGGUAGUGGCUCCCAAAAAGGGUACUGUGCUGUGCAAGUGACGACAGUAUUUGUUGAUUUUAUGACUCUUGUCUCUCCAUUCACGUCGCGCACGCGCACACUGCCCGCCUCCUACCAAUCACCUCACGGUCGGUCCGGAUGAAAGAACAUUGCUCCUCCUCGCUGUGCGAGACCUUCAGUGUCCGCAUGGGAGGAGCACUUUUGUUCCUGUUCCAAAAUGUUGCUGAUGGUGUGCUUGGAAGCCAUGUGUGGCUACACCACGAGGCUUUUCCCAAGAGGAAGGUACCAACGGCCUUGCUUGCUGCUGGCCAAUAUGCAAGGGUGGUAGGUGACGGACCACAGCACCUUCCACCCACUCACCACGGGCUCCGCCGCAACCAGCAUGAUAACAACAUACGUGCUACAAGACUUCACGCGUGCUGGGCAGUGGCCAAUCGGCAAAGGACUGCGUGAAGGCAUGGCCGACUUCUCUAAAAGGGGCUGCCCAGGGUAGGGCUAGUGACGAGACAACACUGGCACUUCACGAAAAGCCUGCCCUGCCCUCUUGGGGCAUUUUUUUUUUUUCCUUUCUUUCUUUCCUUAUUUUUAUUUGUGAUCACAUAAGAGACCCGACAUGAUGGCAGGUAGGCCAUUGGUGUUCUCCAGCACUGUUCUUGUAGGAGUGUUACUACCAUUCAAAACAACGGAGUGGAUAGCUUUUUUUUUUUUCUUUAUAUGUUAUUGUCUGUGUUUGUAUAAUCUUUGAAAGCCAAUUGUUACGAACAACAUCCAGAGGCACCUAGAUGUUCCAAAGUGGUGGUGCCCACCUGCACAGCAUAACGAGCUGUGUCACAUAUUUGCGGCAUGCUGCCCAUUAAGUGCGCAUCUCGCAUGCUUCCCGUUUGUUUUCCUGGCGGUCUUCCGUCUCCUGUGUGAGCUUGUCUGCGGGAUAUUUCUGUCGUCAAAGCUGUGUUUACUGGCAACCGUGGUGCGAGGUGCCUGCCCCAUUAUUUUUUGUCUUUUUGUAAACAAAAAACUGUUCGCUCGCAAAGUUCUUUGUAACACGGUGUUGCCACGGCUGAUGUCGCAGUGCAUGUUCUCUCUCGCAUUAGUACCACCUGGUUUCUCAACGAAUGUAUGCUUAGCUUGCAGCAUGUUAUGCAAUGUUGCGGUACCAAUGCACUAUAGCCGGCUAUGAAAAUGAAAACAUAAAAAGCCAGUUCAAGAGAAAAAAAAAAUUGCCUGCCAUGUAGGAUUUUGAUUUUUACUACAGCUUAUGGUGACAAGUUUGCACAGGCAGGCUUCAAUGUGAAUCGAGACCAGGGUGUGAGCAAAGGCUAAUGUUGAGAGAAAGUGUGCAGUGCAAUUUUCAGAUUGAGUGGAGUGUGCUAUGCCAGCAGGGCGUUUUGGGAAGCUUGCACAUACAGUUGGUCAGCCCUAAGGGUUCUUUCUUUUCCUUUAUUCUUGAUUAUUGCAGUUCUUUUCCUUGCGGGUAUGAAUGUAUUUCAUCUGUCGCCUCAAAUUUGUGAAGAGGUCCACAAAAUCAGGCAUAAAGCAAGCGCACUGCAAGUUUUUCUUAUGUUCUGUUCUCUCAUUUUGGUGUGCCUAGUGCAGCAACAAAUGCGGGUUUGCUGCCAUUUCAUCUGCGGAUUUCAUUUUCCUUCCCUCUCCCAUGUUCAGAGUGUGUUUAUUGUGCUCAUUUGGUUUAGUAAUGUUUGUAUGGUCUUGUUUUUUUUUUUUUUUUUCCUAAUAUGGGAGAUGGUGUUUUUGACGCUUGAUGAAAGGGCCUAGUCAAGACAGAGUUAGGGAAAGGCAGAAGACAGCCAUUAGGGCCUUAUUAUUAUUAUUAUUAUUUUCAAUUGUGUGUGACAAAAGCAAGAAGUGUUUUGGCAAAUGGCCCUAAAGGCAAAAUGUAACUUUCUUUGACCGGCCUCCACUGAAGCCUAGAUAGGAGGAUGGCAACUGACGAACGAAAUGUUCAGAUUGUUUGUAAAUAGUCGCUUUUCCUUCUCACUCCCCCCCCCCCCCCCCCCCCUAUUUUUUUUUUCCUGAAGCUUUCUCUGACAUUGAAAGAGGGAGGGGUGUAGCUCACCAAUAGGGGCAGAGUUGAGCGUAGCUGCACAGCACGGGCGAGCACAGGCAAGGGAGUCCGAGAUUUUUGGGCGCUUAACUACUUCUGUUGCGUGCAGAGGGAUAGAGGGAGAGAGAGCUUGGUGGGCAUGUUAUUAUUGGAGGAUAUAUUUUUGCGAUGACCGCACUGGGCGUACAAGAGACCUCACUCUCUCUCUCAGCGCAUUUUUUGUCAGUCCAAGUGCCUUAAGUUUUUUUCUCGGAGCCUCCCUGGGCCGUCUCCUGCCGUCACGGGGGUUGUAUUUUGCUGUUAUCUUCCGUGUCAUUCAGUGCCCAUGCCAUGGACCUCCUUCACUACCCCUCUCUAAGUUUAUUUGCAUCGAUUAUUUGUCUUCCCCAAUUUUGUGCCCGAGAUUGUGUAUGUUUUGCAGCAGCACGUACUCUGCCUUUCCCUCAUUAUUCAAUAUUUUUGGUAACCUGCAAAGUAUGAUUUGGACUGCUGGGUGUAUAAAUUAAUAAAUGCAAGCACUAGGUCUACUCAGGUGUACUGUUUCUAAGAAAAUGCUCUGCAAUAUACCUGUGAACCUUUCAGUCUCAUCAAAAACAGCAUUGUUUGGAGCUUCUCUGGACAGCGGAACAUACCUCAAAAUGCUGCUGCAUGCGCCAAACAUGCAAGGAAACUUCUUCCACAGCCAACAUUCAGCAAUAUGCCACAUAUUUGCUAUGCAAAGCACCACACGGUAAUCUUGCAUAAUUACAUGAAUCUGAGCAUUGUUUAAAUGGGACCUGCUGGAUAUUUUUUGGCACAUCGAAGAGCUGCUGGCAAUAACAGCACAUAAAAGGUAGUGGACUAGCGCUACGCUGGGCAGACCUAUCGCAGUGCACAAUUCUGCUGUGUGAGCAUCGUACCUCACAUUUCGAGUUAAUUGCAUGCAGUGGAUUCUUCUAGGUAGCUUUUCCUAUCCUUGGAUACUAUUUGUGUGUGUGCGCGCAUGCGGAAACAUCUAUCAUGUGCUUGUUUUUUUGUUUUGUUUUUGAUGGCCACUUUUAGUGAAUCAUGUGCAUAUGUGCAAUAUUUCUCCUGGAUUCCAAGAAUAGUAGAACGACUGGUCAUGAGUGAUAACUUUAGAGCAAAAGUUUGGAUCACUUUGAAAUCGAUCUUCCAAAGCAUGGCAGGUUUUGGCUCUUUGCUUGUUUGUUAAAGAUCAGGGUACUGAGCUCCAAGAUAUACUAGAUAACUUCUCCUGCUCUUCACUGAUUCGUUCGAGCUUGAGUGCAUCGUACCUUUGAUAAUCACUCUUACUGAUUAAAGUUGUGUAACUGUUAUUACAGGUACUACAGUGUUACCAUGAAAGGUUGUUGUGCCUUGGUAAAAACCUAUUGCCUCAGUUCUGUGCACUUAAUAAUUCGUCUAAGAACAAAGAACUUGUACAGUACAACGGCUGCAUUUAUUGUAAUCUUAAGUUGUUGCACUGCUUGAACACCCCAAGUAGCUGACAUCAGACCACACUAUCUUCACUGUCAUGAGAAGAUAACUUUUUUUGUGUGUGUGAAUGCUAACGUGCUUUGUUUAUUGUACUCUCAAAUGAAAUAUCAGUAUAUUGGUCUGGCA